AUGAGUCAGAAUAAAUAUAACUUUUUUCUUCUUCUUAAUCAUCUCCUUCCUAUUCUUAUUCAAAAUGAACUAAUUCAUUCAGCUAAGAGUAAUAAUCUUGAUAUUUAUGAAUUUGAAAAAAUACACCUAUAUGUGCUUCAUACUUAAUAAAGUCCUAAAGUAAGACUGAAACCAGAAUGGAUAUUGUCCAUAGUUUACAACUUAAUUGACUUCUUACUAUUUAUAAAUACUUCCAAGUAAUAAAAUUUAUUUCUUUAUGUUGAAUCAGAGAUAUAUUGUGAGAAAAAGAAGUCCACGGCCAGUAAUCAGAUUUCUAAAAUAUUGUCCUAAAUUGACGGUUGCUUCUAUAAUGACGAUCUAAAAUUUUUAAGGAUAUCCUUCCUCUCCAACAGUCACUUUGUCUAAUAGUAAGCUAUGUUAAUCCUUUAUUGUUUAAUCCAGCCCCUAAUCCUAAAUGAAAAGAUGUAAAAUGAAAGAUAAUAGUUAGAUUUGUCAGUGGAUGUGUACAAACCAACCACUCCAUAAACAAUUUUAAAAUCUGCAUCUCCGACAGAUAGAAAGUUUAGUUAUCUUUCCUUUUAAAGAACAACGAUUGGACUAGAAAGUCCUACAAAAUAAUAAGAUAGCAUUUAUCAAAUUGAAUAUGCUGAUGAUACAGUUUAUUAUGGACAAAUCAAUAUUACAAAAAGGCAGGGCAUGGGAGCUAUGUAUGAUAAAAACAAGAAUCUGAUAUAUUUGGGACAAUGGAACAAUGACAAAUAUCACGGGCUUGGAAUUUUAGUUAAGGAUGACUAUACUUACAAGGGUGAAUUUGUGAAUGGUAUUCUAGAAGGCUAAGUAAUAGAGGAGGCAAAUUAAUCAAAAUUCUAUGGAUAUUACAAAAAUGGGUAGAAGAAUGGGCCUGGAACCUUAUAUGAACAAUCAAAAACCAUAAUGGGAAUCUGGAAAAAUGAUGUUUUGGAUUAAGAAUGUUGA